GGGAAAAAAUCUCCAAUUUCCGUGCAGGUCUUCGCUAGUCAGUUAAUGGAGUAGCAUUGGAUUUAAUUGUGAACAACAUUAAACACUUUACCUGUUAAAUUUACCAUUUUCUUGUGAAGUAUCGACUCUUCUUUACUUGUUUACCUGUGGUAGUGUUAAACCAAUCUUAAAUUAAAAAUGGCUAGACAUUCAUCUGCUGAUAAACGUAAAGCGAGAUCGCCGGACAAACCCAAGGAGAAAAGACGAAAGAAGCCUUCCAAGUAUUGGGAUAUUCCACCUCCAGGAUUUGAACAUAUCUCACCGUAUCAAUAUAAAGCAAUGCAAGCUGCUGGACAAAUACCGGCAACUUUAUUUGCUACUCCAGGGACUGUACCUGUGCCAAUUGUCGGAUCUACUCUGACGCGCCAGGCUCGACGGCUUUAUGUCGGUAACAUACCAUUUGGAUGUUCAGAAGAAGAGAUGAUGGAAUUUUUUAAUUCACAAAUGCAUGCUUGUGGGUUCGCUCAAGCUCCCGGUAAUCCUGUUCUUGCGUCUCAGAUCAAUUUAGAUAAAAAUUUCGCCUUCCUCGAAUUUCGGUCAAUUGACGAAACUACAUCAGCUAUGGCUUUCGAUGGUAUUGCUUUCAAAGGCCAAUCUUUAAAAAUACGACGUCCUCAUGAUUAUCAGCCAAUGCCAGGCAUGUCAGAGAUUCCUCAGAUCACAGUUCCAGGAGUUAUAUCUACAGUGGUUGCAGAUUCUCCUCAUAAAAUCUUUAUCGGUGGUUUGCCUAACUAUCUUAAUGAAGACCAAGUCAAAGAGCUACUGAUGAGCUUCGGACAGUUAAGAGCUUUCAAUCUUGUAAAAGACUCUGCCACAGGAUUAUCAAAGGGUUAUGCAUUUUGUGAAUAUGCGGAUGUCAAUAUCACCGAUCAGGCAAUCGCUGGUCUCAAUGGAAUGCAGCUGGGGGAUAAAAAACUGAUUGUUCAAAGAGCAAGUGUAGGUGCUAAAAGUGGACCAUUGGCCCAACCCGGCGCAGCAUUGGCAGCUCCAGUUCAAAUUCAAGUUCCAGGUCUUCAAGUGGUUUCCACUGGUCUUGGUCAACCCACUGAAGUUCUUUGUUUGAUGAAUAUGGUUACUGCUCAAGAAUUAUCUGAUGAUGAAGAAUAUGAUGAUAUUCUUAAAGAUAUCGAAGAAGAAUGUUCCAAAUAUGGUGUUGUUAGGUCUAUCGAAAUACCAAGACCCAUUCCAGGUGUCGAAAUACCAGGUGUUGGUAAAGUGUUUGUCGAAUUUAGUACGAUACCUGAAUGUCAAAGAGCACAACAAGCUUUAACUGGACGCAAAUUUUCGGACAGAGUAGUGGUCACAUCCUUUUUAGAUCCAGAUAAAUAUCAUAGACGACAAUUUCAAUGAUUUUCAAUUUAAUUUACUAAACUUUGAUCUCUUCACAUUUUUCAUGACAUCCUCUUUCUAUUCAGUCUCACACCUCGUUUCAUCUUCAGCUCAAAUAAUUUUGUUUUAUAUUCUUUCACAAAAUUACUUCAUCAGUUCGAGGAUUUGAUUCCAGCACGAAUUGAUUGCCCUAAAAUGGCAAUGAAUAAAUUAACUCGAUCACCAAAAAAACCUAACAAGAGCAAAAUUGAGUUAAGCAUGCAUCUUAAUAGAGAUCGUACUUUCCCUUAGCGUAUGUGCCAUACCAUCGGAUGAAAUUAAAAUAACUUUUGACCAGAAGAUAAACCAAUGAAAAAAACACGUUCCAUUGAAUCAUCACAAAUGUACACAAAAUUUCAUCGAAACUUCAAAAUUAUCUUAAUUUAACACAUUUUUUACCAUCUUUUGCUUAUUCACCAGGAAUCCUCCACUUAAAGAUCCAAGCAGAAACUUGCCAAAGAAUCAUAUUAGUGUUUGAUUUUGAGAAUUGAAUUUUAUUUUGCAGCACAAAGAAUAGAUGAUGUUAAUCACUGGUGAACAAGUUUUAGGCUCCUAUGAGUGUUUCAUCAACCAAUUGAAUUACUCUGAAUGAAUCCCGUAGAGUUGCUAGGAAAUACAAGAUUUAUUAAUUUCAACUCCUUUCUGUCCUUUAUUCAAUUUGUAAUUAAAAUCUUAAAACAAGGCCUUCAUGUAACUAUAGUUAGUAUCGAGUUUGUAAUUAAUGGACUUGUUACUUACAGAAUUUCCAGUCAGGAAGAAACACGAUUCAAUUACAUUAUUUUAACACUUUUUUAAAUUAUUUGAGAAUCUGAUGUUGCUUUACUUCCAAAUUAAUGGAACUCUUUUCACUUCCACUGUAACAGAGUUCAAAUAAAUUAAAAACAACAAACAGCAAGUUA